AUGGAGAGGCCACCGGUAUAUGAACACUUUCAAGGCACUACCAAAGAAGAACUCGCUUUAUAUCGCCCAAAAAGCCCAGAUUUCAUACUUUGCCAGGUUUGUGGAUUGGACUCCAGCCAAUACGAGCAUAACUCGUAUUUCAGUCAUGUCAAGGUUUCAAUGUAUUCUUCCAGGGGUAUAUGGUCUAUUGGUGACAAAUACGUUAUAAAAGAGAGACCAAGAGUCUAUGGGGGGGAUCUGUGCCCCCCGAGUGCGGAUUAUGCGGUAAGUAAAUUACUAGCUGAGAAAACAAAUGUUCCUGUAGCAAAAGAUAUGCGUACCUGGGAAGAUAAAAAUAGUGAUUGGUACUGGAUGGAGAGGUGCCCCGGCACAACACUGUUGGAGGCUGGGAAUUCCCGCUCGUUGACUUGGAAACAACACCAAACAAUUGGCUAUGAAUUGGCAGAAUAUCUAGUGGAAGCACGCAAAUUUACAUCGACAAAACCAGGGGCUCCAGAUGGUUCGCGAAGCAGAGAUAAACUCUUAGGUGCUGAAUACUUCGCCGUGGAUCUCAUGACUGUCGAUCAAGAAGAAUGGUGGGCUCGUACCGAACCCCGUCUUCGCAAACACCCUUCAGUCAUAAAGGAAUGGAAAAAGACGUUCGAGGAGAGCUAUCUAUUCAAGGAAGGAGACAAAUAUGUACUUUCCCAUGGAGAUCUCAACUCAGCUAAUAUCAUGGUAAAAGAUGGACAUAUCACAGGUAUCAUAGAUUGGGAGCAUGGUGGUUAUCGUUCAGAGUGGUUUGAGUGGAAUCAAAUGAGAGGUAAUCCAAAAAUAGCGCAGCGACAUUGGUAUAGUAAAUGCACCAAUUAUAUGCGUUAUCUAUCAGAGCAUGGAUCAGCAGCUAGCCUUGUUCAAAAACGAAAAAUAAGGGAAAAGGAGGAAGCCGAACAGACAGCAGUCAUGCUAGCCUUCAACAAGCUAAGCCUCAACGAGAAGAAUAACUUCUUGGCCGGGAAGUCGCAGACGGGUUCUGGUAAUUGUAAAAGAGUUGAUAAUAGCCGGUACUAUAGAUAG